ACGACACCCACGCAUCGCGCACCCUCCCCGUCUACCCACCCAACGAUUUCACCGUCAACCCAUCGCCCGUAGCACCGCGGCUACACGAGUCGUUACGUCCGACCCUUUCUCCCCUACGCCGCCCAAACAACAAUCAACAGGCUAUUUUUAUCCCCCGUAACACAUGCCCGCGAUGAAUAUACAUAUAUAAUAUAAUAACAAUAUCAUUAUCAACUAUUUUUAUUAUUAUUAUUAUCGCCGCCGCCGCCGCCGCCGUCGAAAUUUCCGUCUUCGCCGCAGCACCAACACUGAGCACUUUGAACAGACCGCGGCGAGACGAUGCCCUUCCUCCUCUACGACUGUUGUAGUACGAGCACUACGAACAGUAGUAGCAACGGCAUCGUCGUCGUCGUUAGCAGCGGCCGCUUCUUCACCAGUCUUCCGACUCGACGACCCUAGUUUCAAUUGCAAUCGUGCCGACAAAAAUAGUUUUUCGGGAUAGAGGUAAAGUCUCGUCCGAGUCAAUCGCCGUACGCCUACAGUCGCCCUCGCCGAGCAAUCUGACGAACACGCGACUGACUACUGACCUACACACGUCGCGGGUGGAAGCAUUAUAACGAUGCCUCCGGAUAUUAGCGAUCGUACGCGCGUAAGCGGCGACAAAUUAUUGUACAGUCGUGUCGUGCCGUCCACCAUGCCGGGUGUUUGCAGCGAUCCAAACUUUUUCGAGACCACUGUCGAGCCGCUGCUCGCGGCCGGCCGCGAGGGCGAUCUGUGCGAGUGGCUUAAGAAGAACGGACUAAUAGCCAAGGAACAGAAGUGCCCAAAUAACGAGUGUCUGACCACAGAAAAGAUGCAGUGGCAUCGUGCACGAGUUGUUGACAAGUUCAAUUGGGUGUGCCUGGAGUGCAAAAAGAAGGUGCCUGCCAGGCACGCGUCCUUCUUUGCCGACUUCAAAUGCGAAUUGGGUUAUGCCUUGAAAGUCAUUGACAGUUGGUGCAAGAAUAUGCCACUCAGUGACGUCAGUGGAGAAGGUAGGACCAAAGUAAAUGUAGCCAAACGUAUUUACAACGGAUGCGCUCAAGUGGCCGAAUGGCAGUUGAAAAAAAUAGUCGGCGACUUCAAACUUGGUGGCACUGAUGUUGUUGUCAUCGUAGAUGUGUUUCCAGAUGGCAACAUGAGUUUAGAAGUACCAACCACAUCUCAUAAUAAUAAUUUUUCUAAAAGAGUACUAUGCAUUGCUGACACGGCCCAUGUACCUGUUCGCGUUUGGGCAAGCCUUCUUGAUGGAUCUAAUAAAGAGAAUUCUAAGAUUGUGGAAAUGGUCAAAAAUCACGUAAUGCUGGGUUCUACUAUUGUAACAAAUGAAAUGUUGUAUCCAUUAUUGCAUAAUUUACCUGGAAUAGGAGAAGUCAUAAGCACAGAAGCAUUGAUGAAUUUGGACAUAAAUCAUGAUCAUAAGUCUUUAAAAAAUUUAGAAACUAUAUGGGCAACUACUGUAGAAGCUUGUAUUCAAUUACAAGAUAUGUCUACAACUCAUGCUGAACAACAUCUAUAUGAACUACAGUGGAGACAGAUGUAUGGAUUUAUUGCUCUUCCAUCCAUGAUACAGCAGAUUGUUGAGUAUACAGCUUACAAUAACCCAAUAUGUCCACCUUUGCCGAGCAUAUGGCCUACAAAUUAAAUCAAUUGAUAAGUACAAAUGUUAGUUUAUUGCUAAACCCACCGUUUAAUAUUAUAUACAUGGUAAUUUUUGUCAAUUAUUGUACGACACUACGACUAUUAUUAAGUUUUGAAGAAGUUAAUUUUAUAAAUUUUAUUCAUAACCAUUUUGUUUCACACAUAACAAUUCUAUUAAUGAUAUUUGGCCACAAUUUUAUUUUUAAAAGAAAUGAUAUUUUGCUGAAUAACAAGAUUCAAAUUUUUUAAUUAAAAUAAUUCAUAUACUACAGAAAUAUUUAGAUUUUAAAUCUGUUUUUGUGUUCUGCAUGUUAGCUUAAUUAUCUAAUCCAGGGCAAACAUAAAAUGUUUUAU